AUGGAUGAUCAUUUUUCACGAGAUGUCUUGAUCAACAUAUUCUCAAGACUUGGUGUCAAACAACUUUGUCAGCUCAAAUGCCUCUCAAAAGAAUGGAACUAUACAAUUUCCAGUCCCCAUUUCAAGGAACAACAUCGCGAUCAAUCGAAGAAAAGGCCAACUCUCUCUCUUAUCAGCUAUUCAGGAACUGAUCGCUCGUUCAGGUCCCGACUCGUUCAUCUUUCUUCAGUAAAUUCCUCUAAUUAUGAGCUGGUUCACAAAUAUGAAAAUAUUGCAGAAAUUGAAUGGGGCUAUAUUGUGUGGCGUUCUGGGUUAGACUUGUUAUGCUUUUACCAAGAGGGCUAUGUGGGAAAAAUUUAUAUUUGCAAUCCCAUUACCAAAAAGACUCUUACUUUGCCCGUUCUUUCCGAUUUUGCUGGUCAAGCUUGUUUAGGCUAUGUCUCUUCAACAAAUGAGUACAAAGUUGUAGUAUCAUUUGAGGGAACAGUGGAAAAUUAUGAGGGUUUUGAAGAAUUUUUGGUUUUCAAUAUCCUAACCCUUAAGCUAGAGGAAGAAGAAACUAGUGUAGUAGGAUCAUGGAGAGACUUGUCGUUGAGUUGCUCUUCCACACAUUAUAAAGGAACACGUCAUCAACCGAUCCACAUCAAUGAGUUCAUUUAUUGGUUAGCCAUUGGAAAAGAUAAUACCUAUAGCAGUGAUCAUAUUCUUGAGAUGAACUUGGAAAAUGAGGAAGUAAAGACCCUUUGUGUACCAAAUGGCAUUAGUUGCUUUGGAUUUACGCAUUUGGCUGAGAUAAAUGGACGUCUCUGUUACGUUCAGAAUAAAAGAGAUGGUAAUAUGUUAAUAAAUAUUUGGAUGUUGAAGGACCAUGAGAGUGAAUAUUGGUGUUUAGAGUAUAGUCUUGAGCUUCUUCAUGAGAGUGCUAUUAUUGGCUAUUUGCCAAGAAAUAAUGAGAGUGGAGAUAUCUUGAUUUGGUCCUUCACACGUGGUCUCUUUUGCUAUGAAACUGAUACAAAAAAGUUAAGAGAAUUGAAGAGUUUAAACAAAAUAGAGUAUGAGUGGUGUGCUCUUUUUUAUGAGAGCUUCUUCUCUAUAGGGCUGCCUGGAAUUAGAAUUUGA